AUGAAGGUGUCGUUGAGACUCGCCGAUGAUCUGCUGACGUUAUCGUCUGGUUUGGAAGAUCCUCGUCGAUACACGAUACCGGCGUACCGAUAUUUAUCUCUGAUCCAUACCGCUUUGGGAAGACAUGAUCGAGCUUGCAGCAAUGUCGCCAUGAUGGUGCGUUUGACGAAGAGCACCAAAGAUGACGUUCUUCUAUCGAAAGCUCUCGUGACUCUCGGCAAAGUACAUCUGAGUUUCGGUCAUCUGGAGGCCGCCGCUCGUGUCUGGGAAAACCUGUCGGUCCAUGUCAAUCAUCCGGUGCCGCGGGCCUGGUUGCAUCACGAGAUCGGACGCUGCCAUUUGGAGACGGGCAAGUACGCCGAGGCGUUGCGCAAGGCGUCGCAGUGCCGGGAGUGUGCGGAAGAGGCGAGCUCGAACAAGUGGACCUUCCAUGCGAGUUUACUGCGGGCGCAGUGCCUGGCGACGCUGGGUCGUUUUGCCGAGGCGCUCGAAGAGCUGCGAGUCGCCGCAAAGAUCAGCGAGGAGGAGGGUGACACCCCGACGCUGUCUUACAUCCGAGAUCUAAUCGAACAGCUGAAUCACGCUCUGCGCGAAGUCACGUUCGGCGAGGAUCAAUGCUUAAAGGGUGCUCUUCGAAGGUUAUCGCCACGGAGCGAAGAAACUGGACUAUGCGAGGGAAACGAGGCGAUAACAAGUUCGGGAAUUAGGAGAAUGUCGACUAGCAGGAUCGACGACGCUUUAACGCCGUCGUUUUAUUCCGACUGCCUGGAGGACGAGAUCUUCGAUUCGCAUAAAAUAGAUAACGAGUUAAGUUCGUUGGACAGUGCGAGAUCUUUCAGAAGCAAAAGGACUAAUCUGACGUACAUAAUCGAGUCUCAUACAGACGUUUCAAGUCGAGGCAAGUUCGACGAUGAACUAACGGAAUUAUUAUCACGGGAGUCACACACGACCUUCAGAACGUGUUACAUAGAAUCUAAGCAUUUCAUCGACGAAGAGAAAAUGUCAGUCUCCUUAAAACAACCAAUUGAAGAGUGUUCCAGUAACGUCGAGACAAGUGACGGACGAGUUGAAUGCAAGACAAUCAGGAUCACGAAAUCCUGUGAGAAUGGAGGGUAUACCUUUGACAGGACAAGACAAGACGUUCGAAACUCACACGGAUCUCGUAGAACGCGAAAACAGGAUAACGAAGAAGAAUCAUUCGUCCACGAGGCAUUUUUCGAUUCAGUAUCUGUUCAAAGCUAAAACUAAGGAGGAGAGUUAAAAAUUUCGUUACGAUAAGAGAGAAGAAUAGGAAAGAGAAGACAAACGCCGUUACAAGCACAACAAAACAACCUAACCUUAAAUUUAUAUUUUUUUAAAUGUUUUUUAAUGUAACCUUUAAAACUCACGAUAUAAUAAAUUAAAGGUGAAGCAAAACCGCGCAAUUUGUGACUUGCUAUCAAUAAAUUGUGACAGCUUGUUGAUUGCGCAUUUUUUUUCAUAUUCACAAACCGCGUUUGAUUGCAUAGUGUCCAUCCGAUGUUUGCUUCGAAUCACAUUUUAUUUACUGUUUCGAGAUGUAUCGUCCGAUCGAUGAUUGUACCUCAAUGAGCGUCAAAUGAAUUGCCAGGCAACAUUAAUGAGUGCGAUAAUAAUUAGUUCAUUCUCGAUAUUCAUAUCUUCGAAGCAGUACAAUUUUGGAACUUGAUAUCCAAAUAAAUUCAGUUGGUGAUGUGAUAAAUAAUCUCCAAAAAUUGUCAUGUUUUUUUCUUUGCUUCUUUAUCUAUUUACAAUGAU